AGCAGUGGCACAUUCAAGGGAGCAUGAACACAUUUAUAUUUUGAACGAUGGCGGACCAGUUGCAGCAGGCCAAAACUGUGGUGCGAGACUUUGUCGUCGAGAUGCGUGCUGGCCGGCGCAUGCAAGUGUUGUUGCCUACUGGCCGACUGAAAUCAACAACUGUGAGCCUCAACCAAGAGCUGACGGUCUUGAGAAUCGCUCGAGCAAACCAAGUGAGACGCCUAGCGCUAAAAGACAUUGGCGGCAUUUUUCCUGGGAUGGAGCUUGAAGGCUUGAGAACCCCACUGGAUGACCUUUGUGCAACGCUGGCAGUCAGACCCAGCAAUGAGAUGGUGACAUUCCGCCUGGAGCACAUCAAUGCACGUGAUACCUUUGUGAUGUGCAUGAUGCUUUUUGCUCAGUCACAAGGAGCAGAUAUGGGUCUAAUGGAAAGCCCAGAGGGCGGCGAAGAUCAAGGUGAAGAACUUGAAGGGGAAGCAGAGCACGCAGAGCAAGACUGCUUUGCCAGCGCAGCCGGUUCGAGCAAAAAGAGGGUUUCAGGAUGUUUGAGGCCUUUGCACAAGAGAGCUUUGUUUGGCCUUUUAGAUCGGUGUGAUUUGGCACUCCCUGACUGUGGCUUGCUUUUUGCCAACCCGGAUUGUGAGGUUUGA